UUCUCUAUCAAGUUUUUACUUGUUUGCAACGAAACUAUGCUCCGACCAAUCAGCCGCAGUCUUCGCCAGGUUUCUUCCUCUUUCUGCCACCACAAUGUCCGCCGGCUAGCUUACUCCGGCAGCCACGUCAUCCCUUUCCGUCCUCUCAACCACUUACAUCAAAACCUACGCACAUGCUCUUCACUUCUAACUUCUUUAUCAAGUUUCAAUUCAAAUCAAUGCAGAUACGUCACCACUGCCGCCGCAGCCUCCACCGCCACUGUCGCAGUCGCCGUCGAGCAGUUGAACGGCCGGAGUACCGCCGUUGUGGAUACGAUUGACGCUUAUUCAGCAAUAGAGCUGGCACUUGAUUCUGUUGUUAAGAUAUUUACAGUCUCCAGUAGCCCUAAUUACUUUCUUCCAUGGCAGAACAAGUCACAGCGUGAAUCCAUGGGUUCAGGGUUUGUUAUUUCUGGUAAGAGGAUUGUGACAAAUGCUCAUGUAGUGGCUGAUCAUACAUUUGUACUUGUGAGAAAACACGGUUCUCCUACCAAGUACAGAGCAGAAGUUAAAGCUGUUGGUCAUGAAUGUGACCUUGCUAUUCUCACCAUUGAAAGUGAUGAGUUUUGGGAGGGUAUGAAGUUCUUGGAGCUUGGAGACAUUCCAUUUAUGCAAGAAGCAGUUGCUGUUGUUGGAUAUCCUCAAGGUGGUGAUAAUAUAUCUGUUACAAAAGGAGUAGUCUCAAGAGUUGAACCGACACAAUAUGUACAUGGAGCCACUCAGCUGUUGGCAAUACAGAUAGAUGCAGCCAUAAAUCCCGGCAAUAGUGGCGGGCCAGCGAUCAUGGGGGAUAAGGUUGCCGGAGUAGCAUUUCAAAACCUCUCCGGGGCAGAAAAUAUAGGUUACAUAAUUCCUGUCCCCGUGAUAAAACAUUUUGUUGAUGGUGUUGAAGCUAGUGGGAAUUAUUCUGGUUUCUGUUCUCUUGGCUUGUCAUGCCAACCUACUGAAAACGUUCAACUUCGUGAAUACUUUGGCAUGCGUCCUGAGUUAACCGGUGUGCUUGUGAGUAGGAUUAAUCCACUUUCUGAUGCAUAUAAUGUCUUAAAGAAAGACGAUAUUGUCCUUGCGUUUGAUGGUGUUCCUAUAGCAAAUGACGGAACAGUUCCUUUCCGGAACCGGGAGCGAAUAACCUUUGAUCAUUUGGUUUCCAUGAAGAAGCCAAAUGAAACCGCUUUAGUUAGAAUCUUAAGAGACGGUGAAGAGCUUGAGUUAACAGUUACUCUUCGUCCGUUGAAGCCUCUUGUACCUAUUCAACAGUUUGAUAAGGCUCCUAGUUAUUAUGUAUUUGCCGGUCUUGUAUUUGUUCCGUUGAGCCAGCCGUACCUUCACGAAUACGGUGAAGAUUGGUACAAUACCUCUCCACGCCGACUUUGCGAACGGGCAUUGAAAGAAUUACCCCAAAAGCCCGGUCAAGAGCUUGUUAUUUUAUCUCAGGUUUUGAUGGAUGAUAUCAACGUGGGAUAUGAGCGUCUUGCAGAGUUACAGGUUAAGAAGGUGAAUGGCAUUGAAAUUAACAACUUGAAGCAUAUGUGCCAAUUAGUUGAAGACUGCAAAGAAGAUAACGUGCGGUUUGAUUUGGACGAUGAAAGAGUAAUAGUUUUGAAUUAUAGUAGGGCGAAAACGGCUACUUCUCAUAUCUUAAAGCGCCAUAGAAUACCUUCUGCCAUGUCAAAUGACAUAUUAACCCCUGAUACAUCAUCUCAGGUGACUUCCGGUUGAGCUGAGUUUCCAUUGCUUUUUAUUUUUGGAUUUUUUUUUCACAUUGUAAAACUUAGUCAUCCAUAGUUUUAGAUAACAAUUUUUGCUACUGUAAUAAUGUAUGGAGAUGGUAGUGGAAAGUGGUUCUAAUUACAGAAAUAGUUGAGGUUGGGCCCCUCUUGGGUUCAAGCCGAUUUUAAAGACGUG